AUGGCGAUGAACAGAGCAUCUGAGCGGCUGUUCAAGUACCCUCCGAUGGAGCGUCAGGACCUCAACCAAUCCCAGCUGGGCAGCUUCAAGUUCACUCCGGUUGAUCCUGUCAGCAAUAUCCAAAGCCUCACCCAGUCAGCAAAGCUCUACCUUGAUGAGCAGCUCCGCCAGAGGCUCCCUCGAGCAGCAGCUUCCCUGACGACCGGCUCUUCACAGAGCAACCCAACGAUCUUCGCCGAUGUCUCACCUGAAAACCCUCUACCAUACUCAAACUCUUCUUCAGUCGAUGCAAACUUCUUCAACAAACACAUCAGGCCUGAUCUUGGUGACUCUCGUCUGCGCCUCGGCCCUGCCGCUCUCCGUUCCGCGGUUGAGGGUGCUGCAAGCCCGACAAAGAACUUCUCCAUGAUUCAGGUACACCAAGAACCCAAUGUCGUCUUGAGACAGCACCGACAAAGUAACUCUUUCAAUGCUCCGGAAUUGGUGUCAUCCCAGAUUCAGGUUCCAACCAUGGAUCCCGCCUCUGCCACGUUCAUGCCAGAUAAGGAUUCCUUCGGCCAAGGUCUAUCUGACUCGACUUCUUUCAGCGAAACAUUAUGUGUAGCCCUUGCGAAUGAGCAGCGAGCGCACGCUGCGACCAAGGCAGCUCUGGCCCUCCAGAUUCGGCAACGUGCUGAGGUCGAAGAUCAGCUCAAGAAAAGCCAACAACAGAUUGCGAGCAUGACAGCCACAAUCAAAAAUCUAGGUGCCAUCAUCAAACACAACGUCACCAAGGACUGUGACACUUCUGUUGCACGGAGAGGGACGGACGUGUCGGAAGCUGCUGAACAGGCGGCUUUAAGGGAGUUUUACCGUGACUAUCAAAAAGUCAAAGAUGCUGCCAAGGAGAAAGAGCAAUGUAAAGCAAAGGUACAAUAUACGGGAGAAGAACGUUCCGGAACUAGCUUCGUGGCCAAGAGGGACACGGCAGACGUGAUUAUCGUGUCUUCCAGCCGUGUCGUGGACGAUACGCAGCUCUACAAUCUUGACCUGCUGAAGAAGCCCACGUUUGACAAUUCUGCCGAUUCGAUCUUACGGCGAACUCUUCGCAAGCACUUCUCCAUCGACGAGACCGCUGACGAUAGCAAACCCCCAACAACUCCUACCAGACAUCGUCCAAGUAUCAACAGGCUUAUCGACAUCUCCCCAGAGUCACUUGAAGAAUCAAAGGAGAAGGACAAAACUGAAGGCGGAAGUGACAUGGAACCCCCAAAGGAAGAGAUCCCGGUCAAAAAUCCUGCAAAUGGUAAUCGACGACGGGAAGGUUCAAGCAUGAGUCAACGUCAAGUCCGCCUUCUGACUGCGCAAAAUCCUGUCCUCGAGCUGCCAGCGGCAUUCCUUGCUAAGUACGGGCAAAAACGUUACGAUACAGAACGGCAAGUCUCGGACGAGAAAUCAAACAAAGUAGACCUGCAUCUGUCAAAAGCUGAGAGACUCCUCCCGAAGGAUACACCAUGCAAGCCAUCAACCGGCGAGCACGAUAGCAGGCCCAGCCCACCUCCUUCGCUCGGCAACGAUGAAAAUAACCAACCUACAAGCCAUUCUGUGCCUCCUGUCGCGACCCAGCCAAAAUCUCGCAUGACUGUUCAGGUUGGCGAUAACCUUCACGGAGAGCCGAAAUGGAUGAUCAAUAAAGACAAUCCAGUUUUUAGAAGUGAGCAAGAAAAGUGGCAAGCCGUUGAAGAGAAUGGGCUUGCCUGGCGCCAAAAUAGCCCAUUCAUUGACCAUCCGGUGCGCUAUCUUCCCGAGGAUGCAGCUGGCACGGUUGACGCCUAUCGCACCGUCAUGAUUGACGCCAUUCCUGUUAACUGUACUUUGCCGGAUGUGUUGAGCAUCGUCAAAGGUGGUUCUCUAGAGUCUAUUCAGCUGUUUCCACCUAUCGGCAAAGUGACAACUUUCAUGACUGCUCGACUCGUGUUCAAUUAUGAAGAAUCUGCGCACAAGAUGAUCAAGCAUCAAGAAUCCAAUCCUGGGAAAGACAACGAUUCCAACCGAUUCAAGAUCAAGGGUGUUGCUGUUCGUUGCUGGAUGCCCACAGAUCCCACAUAUCCCCGAAACGAGGAGCUUGAGUGCAAGGUUUUGGGCAAGGCUGGUGCUUCCCGGAUCAUCCUCAUCAGCAACGUAGAUGAAUACACCUACAACAUGAUCCCAUUCAAGAUCAAGCACCCACAUGCUCAACAUGUCAUCGAGUACAGCUACACACCUGAUGGCUGCGCAUCGAUCGAAUUCACCAAUGUGAAAACUGCCAUCCGAGUGAUGGAGUUGCUGGAGAAAGACGGAGAGUUCUGGAACGGCAAUCUUCAGUACGAUACUGACUACACCUGCAGGCCGUACGUUAAGGGAGAGACAAUGGGCAUUUGA